AUGCAUCUCCAAGAUAUCCCGCCGAAACUCGUCCCGCAGCUUGCAAAGAUUCUUCAGUUUCGGCCUCUCGAAAAUGCAGGAAAGCAUAUUUCUACAGAAGUCAAGUCAUUACCGUCGAGAUACAGUGUUGGGCGUCUGGAAAAGCUUCUUCUGCCUCGCGCUGGACAUCUCUGCAAGUUGCACAAAGGUCUGGACUUUGACCUCGUCGAAGUACUACUCCACCGCCUUCAAGAAGAAGUCGGUCCCCGUCUGAACAACCUGAUAUCACAAUGUGAACUGCUUACUGCAGAUCAGCGCCAAAGACUGACGAGAUUGAGAAGUGUACAUGUUUUAUGGCUGUCGACUAGAGAGUACGAGAUCACAUUUCUGGCCUCUGUGCGAGACUUGAAAUGGAAACACCAGGAAUGCGAAGCGUGUAUCAUUUCUCUCAUCAGUGGGGAUAUGGAAACGCUUCUCGACUUGAGAUGGAUCAUCAGAUCUCGUGCAACCAGCCGACAUGUUGCAAAGCAUGGAAAUCCAAGAUUACAGGUCUGGGUUGAAGUAUGGAUUGCACUUUUGACUGAAAUCACGGCCAAGUACACCGGCGAUACCAUUGACUUGGAAUCACUCCUUUCACGCAAUGAGGCAGAAGCUGUCCAGCUGAAGCAUGCCCGCGCGAAAAUCCACGAUGUCAGAGCGAACAAGCUGAAGAUCAAGAAAGUCGGCGAUCUGACACACGUGGCGCAUUCAAUUAGCACAGUGGAUACAGAGGAUCUUUCUCCAGGAGAUGGCAGCGACGAAUUUCACGCAGAUUUCGCAGAUACCGAUACCAAGGCUCAUAGUCCGUACUCGUUUGCUGUCCGGAUGGCCACACCAGAGUCUUUCUACAGCGUUGACACGGUGAGUAACAAUGCAAGAAUGGUCGCUCCGAGUCUGGAACAAAUCCAGGAAGAGCAGCAAGAACGUCAAGACCAGCAAGAAGAGCAGGAUACCCAAGAAUUGUUGAAGCCACUUGCGUACGUCCUACCAAACCAAGAGCUGAAGGCCCAGAAAUCUUACAUCCGUCUCAGACCCUCUACGCAGGAAAAGCAACAAGGAGAAGAGGAGUACGUACCUCCAAGACAACAGUGGAAACCUCAGGAUGCUGACAUUUAUUUCAGCCCGAAGUGGGAGUCCAGCAGUGGUUCGAGGACGUCAUGGGAGACCGAACGCUUUGAGAUGCAGUCUGUCCGAAAUCCGGCAGAUACAUAUGUCAACCUGGUCGAAUCUUUCCCUGCAGAGUCGUCAGCAUCAAUUGCGCCAUCCGCGGUAUCGUCCGUGACUGAUAUCAUCCGGUUGUACGGUGAGACUGCUACUCCUGCAGGCUCUUCAACAUCGAUUGCGCCUUCCGCGGUAUCGUCCGUGACUGAAAUUAUCCGAAUGUACGGUGAGACUGCUGCUCCUGCUGCUGAUGUCGGCAUCCGUGAUCAAGUUCGAGCUGCUGGUACUUAUGUCGGCAUUCGUCAACAGAUGCGGGCUAUUGGCAGCACUUCGAGAAAAGGAAAAGCGGUGGACAGACCAGGGCCAGCAGCGUAUCAUCGAGAUAGUGGCUAUGCGGUCACCAACCAUGCAAGCAAGAACGAGCGAUCAGGACGUCUUCCGGAUUUGCAUGUUCUGGACAACGACAGUUCUAAUUGGUCCGCAAUGUACGACAAUUAA